GGGCUUAGUUCGUGAAGGAACUAGGCGACUUCAGAGGCUCCGGCCACCCUGCUGCCGCACCUGAGCGUGGCCCAGCCCGAGCCCCACCGGCCGCGAUGAUAUAGGGACUGGCUGCGCCUUCCCGCCGGACCGUUAUCCGCGCCGGGCGCCCGCCAGACCCGCUGGCAAGAUGCCGCGCUCUUUUCUGGUCAAGAAGCAUUUCAACGCCUCCAAAAAGCCAAACUACAGCGAACUGGAUACACACACAGUGAUUAUUUCCCCAUAUCUCUAUGAGAGUUACCCCAUGCCUGUCAUACCACAACCAGAGAUCCUCAGCUCAGGAGCAUACAGCCCUAUUACCGUGUGGACUACAGCAGCUCCAUUCCAUUCCCCACUACCUAAUGGCCUCUCUUCUCUUUCCGGAUACGCCUCAUCCUUGGGGCGAGUGAGUCCCCCUUCUCCAUCUGACACCUCAUCCAAGGACCACAGUGGCUCAGAAAGCCCCAUUAGUGAUGAAGAGGAAAGAUUACAGUCCAAGCUUUCAGACCCACAUGCCAUUGAAGCUGAAAAGUUUCAGUGCAAUUUAUGCAAUAAGACCUAUUCAACUUUUUCUGGGCUAGCCAAACAUAAGCAGUUGCACUGUGAUGCCCAGUCUAGGAAAUCUUUCAGCUGUAAAUACUGUGACAAGGAAUAUGUGAGCCUGGGUGCCCUUAAGAUGCACAUUCGGACCCACACCUUACCUUGUGUCUGCAAGAUUUGUGGCAAGGCAUUUUCCAGACCCUGGUUACUGCAAGGACACAUUAGGACUCACACUGGGGAGAAGCCUUUUUCUUGCCCUCACUGCAACAGAGCAUUUGCAGACAGAUCAAAUCUGAGGGCUCAUCUGCAGACCCACUCUGAUGUAAAGAAAUACCAGUGCAAAAACUGCUCCAAAACCUUCUCCAGAAUGUCUCUUCUGCACAAACAUGAGGAAUCUGGCUGCUGUGUAGCGCACUGAGUGAUGCAAUCAAUGUUUACUCGAGCAGAAUGCAUUUCUUCACUCCGACUCCAAAUGAUAAAUAAAAGUCCAAAGGCAUUUUCUCUUUGCAUACUGACCAAAUUAUGUGUAUAGACACAUACACAUAAAGCUGCAAGAGCACACAAUCCAUGUGUUUAAAGUUAAUUCUUUCCAUGUGAAGUUUAAAAUUACUAUAUAUUUACUGACAGCUAGAUAGAAAGAAUAAAAGACAAGGAUCUUUCUCUUCAAAGGUAAAGCAAAAAGCACAUUGUAUCUUUUCUUACUAAGAAAGAAUGCAAAGAUUUACAUUGCUGCCAAAUAAUUUCAACUGAACAGAACAGUAUUGUUUUGUAAUAGAGUUUGUAAUAGAAUUUGUUAUAGGAAGAGAAUCUGCCAGACACUAUCUCAGGUGACUUAUAAACUAUUCCAAGUUUACUUCAUUACAUGUCUAAUGUCUGGUUACAAUUUUUGAACUAUGGCCUUUUUUGAUUACCUAUAAUGCUUUAAACUGUAUUUUUAGGGGAGAAAGGAAAAAAAAGAAUAAGAACAAAACACAGGAGUCUGCAUUAAAAGUGUUUCUUUUUGUUAUUAUUGUUGUUUGUGUUUUGCCAAUGAACAGUAUGUGCCUUGGGGGAAGAGGGAGGCUUUGAACAUUCCUGGUGCAUGCUCUGUGUCUUACUUUUUUAAAAGAAUUUUUAAUGAUUUUCUAAAAUUAAUUAAAGAUGGGAAUAAGUGCAAGAAAGGAUUCUUAGAAACUCAGUAAUGUACUUAAACUAUUUUAAAUGCAUACAACACCUGUUCCAAGUGCCUUUUGAAAAAUAACUGUAUAGUUGCUGAGUCAGUGUAAAUUUGUUUUUAUUUUUAUAUGACUGAAUGAAUUUUGUAUGAAAGUGAGAGGUUUUCUAUAGCUAAUGUAUCUAAAGAACCUGAAGAGUUGUGAAAUCAUGUUUCUUUUUUAAAAACAAUUUUCAAAGUCCUUUUUUUACAAUAAACAUUUUUGAUCUAAAAUA